UCGUGAAGGGCAGCACAGGAGAAAAGCAGACUUCUUUAAAAUGGGGAAUUACAAAUCCAGACCGACACAGACUUGCUCUGAUGAAUGGAAGAAGAAAGUUAGUGAAUCGUAUACUAUUAUAAUAGAAAGGCUGGAAGAUGACCUGCAGAUCAAAGAAAAUGAAUUUCAAGAACUAAGGCACAUCUUUGGCUCUGAGGAAGCCUUCAGUGAAGUCAGUUUAAAUUACCGCACAGAGCGUGGCCUGUCCCUGCUGCACCUCUGCUGCGUCUGUGGCGGCAACAAGUCGCAUAUCCGUGCCCUUAUGUUAAAAGGGCUCCGUCCAUCCAGACUGACAAGAAACGGCUUUCCGGCUCUGCACUUGGCUGUUUACAAGGAUAGCCUGGAACUUAUCACUUCACUGUUGCAUAGCGGAGCAGAUGUUCAGCAAGCAGGAUAUGGCGGCCUCACAGCCCUCCACAUCGCUGCAAUAGCUGGGCACCCAGAGGCUGUGGAACUGCUGCUGCAGCAUGGAGCCAAUGUGAACGUUCAAGAUGCAGUCUUCUUCACCCCACUGCACAUCGCAGCCUUCUACGGGCACGAGCAGGUAACCAGUGUCCUUUUGAAGUUUGGAGCUGAUGUCAAUGUAAGCGGUGAAGUUGGAGACAGGCCUCUGCACCUGGCCUCCGCAAAAGGGUUCUUCAACAUUGUGAAACUCCUGGUAGAAGAAGGGAACAAAGCCGACGUGAACGCUCAGGACAAUGAAGACCAUGUCCCUCUACAUUUCUGUUCUCGAUUUGGACACCACAAUAUAGUGACCUACUUGCUCCAGAGUGACUUGGAGGUUCAGCCUCAUGUCAUUAACAUCUAUGGUGACACUCCUUUGCACCUGGCAUGCUACAAUGGAAAUUUUGAAGUUGCCAAGGAAAUUGUCCACGUAACAGGAACUGAAAGUCUGACUAAGGAAAACAUCUUCAGCGAGACAGCUUUUCACAGUGCUUGUACCUAUGGCAAGAACAUUGACCUGGUCAAAUUCCUUCUUGAUCAGAAUGCUGUGAACAUUAACCAUCGAGGAAGAGAUGGGCACACAGGAUUACACUCUGCUUGCUACCAUGGCCACAUCCGCCUGGUUCAGUUCCUACUGGAUAAUGGUGCAGAUAUGAAUCUAGUUGCUUGUGAUCCCAGCAGGUCUAGUGGUGAAAAAGAUGAGCAGACAUGUUUGAUGUGGGCUUAUGAGAAAGGACAUGAUGCCAUUGUUACACUCCUGAAGCACUAUAAGAGACCCCAGGAUGAGCUGCCAUGUAACGAAUAUUCUCAGCCUGGAGGAGAUGGCUCCUAUGUGUCUGUCCCAUCCCCCUUGGGGAAGAUUAAAAGCAUGACAAAAGAGAAGGCAGAUGUUCUCCUCCUGAGGGCUGAAUUACCCUCCCGUUUCCAUCUGCAGCUCUCUGAAAUUGAAUUCCAUGAGAUUAUCGGCUCAGGUUCUUUUGGGAAAGUCUAUAAAGGGCGAUGCAGAAAUAAAAUAGUGGCAAUCAAACGAUACUGAGCCAACACCUACUGCUCCAAGUCAGACGUGGAUAUGUUUUGCCGAGAAGUGUCCAUCCUCUGCCAGCUCAAUCACCCCUGCGUGGUUCAGUUUGUGGGUGCCUGCCUGGAUGACCCCAGCCAGUUUGCCAUUGUCACACAAUACAUUUCAGGAGGCUCUCUGUUCUCCCUGCUUCAUGAACAGAAGAGAAUUCUUGACUUGCAGUCUAAAUUAAUCAUUGCAGUAGAUGUUGCCAAGGGCAUGGAGUACCUGCACAGCUUGACCCAGCCAAUCAUACACCGAGACCUGAACAGUCACAAUAUUCUUCUCUAUGAGGACGGCCAUGCUGUGGUGGCAGAUUUUGGAGAAUCAAGAUUUCUGCAGUCCCUGGAUGAAGACAACAUGACAAAGCAGCCAGGGAACCUGCGCUGGAUGGCCCCCGAGGUGUUCACACAGUGCACGCGCUAUACCAUCAAGGCUGAUGUCUUCAGUUACGCCCUGUGUCUGUGGGAGCUCCUCACUGGAGAAAUUCCAUUUGCUCAUCUGAAGCCAGCCGCUGCAGCAGCAGAUAUGGCGUACCACCACAUCAGACCUCCCAUCGGCUACUCCAUCCCCAAGCCAAUCUCAUCUCUGCUGAUGCGGGGCUGGAAUGCAUGUCCCGAAGGAAGACCCGAGUUCUCUGAAGUCGUUAGGAAACUGGAGGAGUGCCUGUGUAACGUGGAGCUCAUGUCUCCCGCAUCAAGUAACAGCAGUGGCUCUCUGUCACCUUCCUCUUCUUCUGAUUGCCUACUGAGCCGAGGAGGGCCUGGUCGGAGCCAUGUGGCAGCUUUACGGAGUCGUUUUGAAUUGGAAUACGCCCUAAAUGCAAGGUCCUACACUGGGUGGCCUCAAAGUGUUGGGACACACACUAAUCCAGGCCUGUCUUUGGAGGAAAUGAACAGAGGUGCCCAGUAUUCAGCUGUUGACAAAUAUGGCUACGUGUCUGAUCCCAUGAGCCCCAUGCACCUCCACUCCCGCCGGAACAGUGGCAGCUUUGAGGACGGCAACUGACAGGUCUGACAUACACCUAAGGGGAGUUUUCCCAUCAGACUGACAGCAGUGAUUUUAUCCAUGGCAGGCUCACUUCCAAUUAUAACGCUCUGCCCUCUGAGGUCUCUUCAAAUCGACUUGCUUAUUCUGCGCUCAUGUAAUUCCCUUCUACGGGGUAGGCUUUCAAUUGCUCAGAGCAUGAAGUACCAAGGAGCAGAUACAGACCGUGCAUGAGGAAUUGUUCUUAGUUUGAUAUUUAAAGUCCUUAAUUGCCUGGGGGUGGGGUUCAAGUCUGUGUAGAUGGCUGGGCUGAUCCUGAUGUAUUCCUAGAUGGAACUAUGUGGGCUUGUGUUUGAGCAUCUCUGGUUAGGUUUCUUAAAAUAUGUUCACUGUCUUA